ACGCCAAAAACGUCUUGUUUUCACAACUAUCACUUCGAAGAUGAACUUAUCAGACGACGUUGAUUUGGAAGACUAUGCUGGCAUGCACGCUGUCAGAGAGAACCGCUAUGUGGUACUUACGAAAGAUUUUGAGAAGGCCUACAAAAAUGUGAUCAAAAAGGAUCAGAAUGAUUUCGAGUUCUACAAGUAAAU